AGAUAUUCGCAAUAUUACAGCAGAUUUUAAUCUUAUGUCAAUUAGAAUUUUCAAGUGACUGCUAAAUUAUCUUCUUAAACCAUUAAUUGAUGAAUUGAACUACGACACUAAAUUACAGAACAUUUUUCUGACAAUAUUUCGCACUCAUAUUUGCAGUAUAAAAAGUGCAAGAAUAUGAUUUCAUCGAAAUGAAGAACAAGAAAGCCUCUCAUGUUGCAGAGUGAAUAAGUGUUAGAUCUGCCGUCCGUACUAUCGCAGUGAUUUACACCGGUUAUUGUGAUUGAAACUCAGACUAUGGUGACGCAAAGUGAAGCUUAAUUCGUACAACAAAAUUCUACUAUUAUAGAAAAGCUGUGUUGUUGUACACAUGUUUCGUGCUGAGGACUUAAGGAUAUUAUGAAAUUCAAACUGAUAACAAGAGUGUGAAUAAUUUGUGCUCAAUUUUCAGAGUUCUUAGAUUGGGUCGAAUAACGACGUUAAAAUUACUUAAUUUACUUCAGUAAUUCAGAAUGGCAUCGAAUUUUAGCAUGUGUGACCAAUGGGUGGGAACUUACCCUGUGAAGAUGCACAGCCUCUUCAGCGACCAACAGUCUUACUACCGUCACGCUGCAGCGUCCUACCCUCCUGUCGCCUUGCAGCAAAUGACCCCCAUGGCAAAUGCUUACGGUUACGACAGUUAUGGUGCAAUGGGCCGCUACCAUCCUUAUGGGUACGCGAAUCAACAUGGAAACCCACACAAAGACAUGGUAAAACCGCCCUAUUCAUACAUUGCGCUCAUUACCAUGGCCAUACAAAACGCCCCCGAGCAACGAGUGACGCUGAAUGGCAUUUAUCAGUUUAUAAUGGAGCGCUUCCCUUACUAUAGAGAAAAUAAACAAGGUUGGCAGAACUCCAUUCGGCAUAACCUAAGUCUCAAUGAAUGUUUUAUUAAAAUCCCAAGGGAUGAUAAAAAGCCCGGUAAGGGAUCCUUCUGGACCUUAGACCCCGAAGCAAGAAACAUGUUCGAUAACGGCUCCUACUUGAGGAGACGCAAACGUUUCAAAAAGAAAGACAUCAGUAAAGAUACAAAGGACGAAUCUAUUAAGCGUCAAAGCAGUCAAGUCGAGCUUCGGCAACCAGACGAAAGACGUCAAUCCGAUGUUCAGCCAUCACAGCCAACUGCUCUUACGGAAUGCAACACAAAUUCUCACACAAGCAUACCAAGUCAAAACGCCCCAGAGAGAGAGUCCAUUCCCAACGGCGCCGAGACCUUGUCGUCCUCGCCGCUCUGCCAACCAAAACAAGAACCUCUGGAUUCCCCAGAACAGCCCACCCCUUGCACCGGGGACGGACGUCCUCCUUCCUUACCGACCCUGCCUUUGGUUCCAAUGCAAACUCAUGACCCUAUUCCUCCAUACCUCGACCCUCCCAUCGGGUCACCCUAUGUGGUGGAUGCCCUGGGGCCCAACUCAAGAAAUGCGGAGUCACGCCAGGCAAAUUUAUCCCCGUCCAAUAUGCAAGCACUUGAUCUGCUGCAGCAGCAACACCAGCGAUUACACAACCACCUCCAGCAGCAGCAACAACAACACCAUCCACCGCAUUUGCUCGAGCAACAACCGUCUCAGCCAGUGGUCCCAACACCUACCACCUCUCAAUCCAACAGUGAUCAGCAACUCCCUAUCCACCACAGGGGCCACCACCCUCACCAGAACGACCAGCUUCCAGUGCUGACGCAACCCUCUGCUCAACAUUCCCAGCAGCAGCCAGUGGAUCACUUCAGACCGAACACUUACUACGAUGCCACGAUGGCAUACUGUCACUACGCUGCCUCCGACUGCCGCUCCCCGCUCAGCACGGACGAUGCCACGUUGCUCGGCGGCUACAGCCGCGGCUGGUACAGCCAAGUUGAUACCUCAACCUCAUCGCCUUCAGCCGCGGCUGACGCAGCCGCUGCGGCAGCUUGUUUCCCAAAUGUCCUGGAAAGGUUUGAAUCUCAACGCAUUUUAAAUAAUCCGUCUUGUCAGUUAGGUUUCAGAUCACCUUAUAAGUACGCUGCCUCUUAUUACGAUGAUAGCGUGAAGUAUUCAUAGGCUAUGGUGCAUAGUUCCCUAAAAUGACGUAUAUUAACUACUUGUUGUUCGAUAUUAAUUAGUUAUUACCAAAGACAGUUAUUUUUGUUGAAAAUGUUUUGAAUGAAGUAAGUUUUUUACUGUAAUUAUAGCUAAUAGGUGUAUAUACACGAAAUAGUGAGUAGUCUUUCAGCCUGCUAACCCGACUUUAAUUGUACUUUCGAGCCCUAGAAUUUAACUGCCUAUUCUCUACGUCAUUUUUAAAACUGUUUAACUUGAAUUAUAUCACUCAAAAAUUUAUUU